AUGACCACUCCCUCGUCCAACGCCGGCAAACCUCCCGCUCCCGAGCCGCCCAAAGUUGAAGAAGAGGACUUGGACGAACUUGAUGAUCUCCUCGAUCAAUUCACCCCCGCCGUACCCCCUGCUGCUGCUGUCCCUCCCGCCACAUCCAAACCUGCCCCGCCAACAAAUGCACCCAAGCCAAACGAACCUUUUACAAACGGACUGUCGGAAGACUUUGAGGCUGCGCUCAUGCGUGAGAUGGAAGCUAUGAUGCGCGGCGAAUCGUCCUCCACGACCACCACCACAACAACAACAACCGGUACUUCCACCGACGGCGGGGCAGACGACCUAGCGGCCGCAUGGCAAAAAAUGCUCAUAGGCGAGUUGGAAGGUACGAAUCCACAAGAGGACCAACAUGACAUGUCCGACUUGUUCAAACGCUUCGGUGGUAUGGAUCCUAUCCCCAAUCUCAAUCUCAAUCCCAAUGGCGAUCCCAAUCGGGAAGAAACGAAUCCGGAUGCGCCGGAUAGUGAGUUCCAGCGGACGAUUCGGCAAGCGAUGGAUAAGCUCAAGUCGUCGGAUGAGAGUGCUCGGGCUUCCGGUUCGGGACCGGGUUCUGGUUCGGGAUUAGGACUGGGAGGAGAAGGAGACGAUUUUGCCGAGUUUUUGAAACAGUUGAGUCAAGGUGGGGAUGGGAACGAGGAAGGGUUGCAGGGGAUGAUUGAAGGUAUGAUGGGGCAGUUGAUGGGCAAGGAGAUUUUGUAUGAGCCGUUGGUGGAGAUGAAUGAAAAGUUCCCUGGGUACUUUGCCGAACAUCCCAAUUUGCCCGAGGAGGAUAUGAAGCGGUACAAAUCUCAACAGGCGAUUGUGAAGCAAUUGGUGGAGAUAUACCAGAAACCGGAUUAUUCUGAUGAUGAUAAAGAGACGGGGAAGGAGGUUCUUAGACUUAUGAAUGAGAUGCAAGAACUUGGGUCGCCCCCGACGGAGAUUAUGGGAGAGGUUCCGGCCGGCUUUGAUUUUAAUUCACCAGAAGGCAUGGCGAAGAUGUUGGACUCUGACGGAUGUGUGAUUGCAUAG